AGAGAGAGAGAGAGAGAGAGCGAUUGGGAGAAAGAGAAAGAGACAGAGUGAGUGUGUGUACGUGGUAAGAUGGCAUCGAGCUGGGGAGACGUAGUGUCGAAGCAGGCCGAUCAGAUAUCUGAUCGUCUCCGUCAGUUCGCGUCUUCUGGGCUGCACUUUCUCCGCGAUGAGUUGGGGGUAGAUUUAGGGUUGAAGCCCGAGCUUUACGCGGCCUGGGUGAUUCCCACCACAGCCCUGAUCGGCCUGGUUCUCCUGCUGGUGUUGGUCGCGGCCUGUGGAGGAUCUUGGCGCAGAAAGCACGGCGUCGCUCGGAGUAAGAGCGCCCCCGCCGAGGUCGUAAAGGCCCCGCCGGUGAAAGCGCCCAAAGCCGACGAGCCAAAGAAGAAAACCAAGAAGAAAUCCGCGGAAAAGAAGAACCAGUCGAAUGGCGGGACGGUCCCUGAACCUCGAGAACAAGUCAAAGCUGUCAAGGAGGUCCCUAAACAAGCUUCAGCACCACCACCUGCUCCAGCAGCUCCUGCAGCUCCAGCAGCAGCUCCAGCAGCAGCAAGACCACCUCAGCGUCAACCUCGUCAGCCUCAACCUCCUCCUCAACCUCCUUCUCAAACUUCACCUCAAUCUUCACCUCAACCACAAGCACCCGCCAACGCUAAAGAUGAAAAAGCCAAGAAAAGUAAGAAGAAACCAAAACCUGAGGUGAAACCAACCCAAGCUGUUUCCUCUACUGACGGAAAGGAGCCUGACGAAGGCGCUUGGGAGACUAAAAUCAGCAACCGAGAGAAACGACAGCAGCGCAAGAAGGAGAAGGGCUCCAACGAUGAGUCAGGAAGUCCUGGUAGUGGUCAGCAUGCUGGUCAGCAGGCCGAACAGCAGCCUGCAGCUCCAGUAAACACCAAGAAGAAUAAAGAAUCUCAGAAUUUAAAGGCUGCCAAAACUGAUGCCAGUAUAUCCCCAGUGCUUUCCACCUGGAAUAACGUGAGCUCUGUGAACACUGGAGGUCGGACUGAUAUGUCCGUGAAGCAUCCACCCCAGGUGAACCCAUCAGACCGCAAUAAAUCAUCUGCUGUCAUUAAGACGACUGGACAUAGGACUUCAGAGACAUUCUCCUGGGCUCAAGAAUCAAACGGCUCAUGGUCCAACGUGGAUGGACGAAGCAAGCCAGAAGUGAACCGAAUGAACUUCUCCAUGCCUAGAUUAAACCAAUCAGCAGCUGGUGUUCCUGUGAGUCAGCCUUCUUCUGCAGAGUUGGGGAACGGUCAUCCUAUCGCUGAUGAGUGGUCUGGAUUCAAUGGUGUUGGAGCUGUAGAUCCAAGUUCUGACUGGAAUGCUCCAACAGAGCUGUGGGGAAACUAUGAUGAACCCAAGCCAGAAAAGCCAGCAGCUCAAGAGACAUCUGUUUCCCAGUUGCAGGAAUCUGAUGAUGACAAGGACAAAGGAGAUCCUUCUGGGAGUAGCAAGUCCAAGAGAAAGAAAAAGAAGAAGAAGCCGGAGGAUGAAACUGCUGGCUCACAGGUGAACAUCGAAAACUCAUCUGUACCAGCAGAAUGUGGAUCUGUCAAACCCCGCCCCCAUGUGCCAGUGGAGGAGUCGACCAAACAGAUCCUCGCUCCGCAAUCAGGACAAAAGAAAUCUGACCAGAAUUUGGAACUGCAGAAGCAAAAGAAAAAGGCCAGGAGAGAAACCUGAAUAUCCUCGAGUUCUUAUGCAAAGGAUUGUCAAAAGAAAAAAAGUUUAUGCAAUAAUUUCAGAGUACAGAAUUUUAUACCGAUUCAGUCUUCUGUGCUAUUUAUAGAACAUCUAAAGUGAGUCGGGCCAAGUUGGCCAGAAAACAACAAACAAACAAAAACACCACAAUUACAGCAAAUGGACAACUUAUGCACUAUGCUAGACUGAUGUCUUGUAAAGGAUCGAUUAACGUACUUGAUAUCAUGCACGCUUUUAGUGCAGUGAAAGAUUAUAUAUUGUUGUCCGACUGCUACUUUUUUGCAAUGUUAAUAGAAUUUGAAAAAGUUGGUUAAAAUCAUGGGGGAACUUUUAUGAGUUUCGAGGAGGGUUGUUUAUUUUUUCUUUCUUUUUUUCAUUAUGAAUUCUUUUUCCUCUUGAACCUUUUUUGCAUUCAGGAGUAUUUUACAGUGUAGCAGUUAGUGUUAGACACCACUGAUAGACACUGUGCCAUCAGAGCCAUCAUGAAGUACAUCAGAAGUCAUCAGCAGCAGGAAGAGACUGGUAUAAUUACUGUAAUUUGUCAUCAAAAACAAGGAGAGUACAGGUUACUAUGGAGAUGUUUUUAACACUAAGAAUAUUCUCAGUGCUUUUUUUCCCCUCCUGUGUCAAGUCUACUAUAUUUUCACAUAGAGAGGAUGUACACAUCUUUUUGAAAUACUUUGCUUUGUCUUACCUUGUUAACUGUUCUCUUGCAACCUAGAAAAAGCCAGGCCAUAUGUACAGAAUUAAUAAGGGCUUUUUUUCUAUAAUUCUCUUUACUUGCACUGUGCUAAUGUUUGUAAUGGUUUCUAAUUUUUUUUUUCUAAUCUUGAAAUGUGAUUGUUUAAUUCCUGUUUCAUUUUGUUUUGAUACCGAGAUGAGACAAAGGGGGAAGUGUUUUUUUUUUUUUUUUUUUUAUAAAUAUAUGGAGAGAAACCGUAACAGCAGCUUUACCUCCAUUUCACUAUCAAUAGUAUGAUUAUCUGGAAUCUGUUGCCUUAAUCCAUUUUCUUUUUUUUGUGUAAUAUACGCGUCUAACCAUCUCUCAGAUUUGUCACAUUGAAAUGAGCUGUGGAAUAAUCAUUUCCAGGUCGAUUGAUGUCAGAGCUGCAUUUAUUGUUGCACGAAUCCUGUUUUAAACUUUAUAAUCAUUAAAAAAAAAUCAAAGGUCCACAUUCUUUUUUUUUUUUCUUUUCCUUACUCAUAAAAGAACUACUCUAAGCAUAAAAGGCUUUAAUGGAUGAGAAAUGGAGACUGCUUUUGGUAGACGUAAAGAAUGGAUUUCAAUCUUUCUUUUCUUUUCAUUUUCCCCCAGGCUUUAUGGCUUGUGAAUAUAAUUUAAUUGUGUCUCUAUGUGGAUUAUCUGGGUGUUUAUCCCUCAUUCAUUUUUUUGUAAAUUGUGGUAGAUUUUUGCGUACCUGAGGUACUCUGGUUACGAAUCAGACACCUGCCUUAGUUUUCCAUUAGAAAGGUGGUCAAACCAGUGUAUUUAUACCUGUCUUCAGAUUUUUUUCAGAUCGGAGAAUGAUCAUGUUUACUGAAGUCGAUGCAAUAUUUCUAUGUUGAUUUGUUAAAGAAAUAAAACAUUUGAUCAUUGUUA